CAGGGGAGGGCGCUGCCGCCUGCGCCGGAAGUGAGUGGUUGGCGGCGGGUGGGGGCCGCGAGCGGCCGGGCACGAGUCGGUCAGCCUGUGGGCCGCCCGGCCCGCAGCCCCGCCUUCUGGGUCUCCGCCGGACGCGGCCGCACUCGGAUCCGCCGCGGCUGGGCUCUGCGGCCGCCCCGCCCGACGCGCGCUCCCGCCCCGCCGCCGCCGCCGCCCGGUCCGUCGGUCAGUCAGUCGCGGAGCGCGCGGCGCGGGAGCUGCGGGCGCUCACGGCGCGUCUCGGGAAGGAGCGCCGCGCCUGGGGACGAGGCGGUGGCGGCGGCGGCUGGAAGAGCGCAGGCGGCGGCUGCCCGGCCCGGGGCCGCGACAGUAGCCGGGGCCAGCGGAGGACCGAGCGGCUGGAGCGAUGGAGCAGCUAUCAGAUGAAGAGAUCGACCAUGGUGCCGAAGAAGACAGUGACAAAGAAGACCAAGACCUGGACAAAAUGUUUGGAGCCUGGCUGGGGGAGCUAGACAAACUCACUCAGAGUUUGGAUUCUGACAAGCCCGUGGAACCAGUAAAAAGAUCUCCUCUUCGCCAGGAAACAAACAUGGCCAAUUUUUCUUACCGCUUCUCCAUAUACAACUUGAAUGAAGCUCUGAAUCAGGGAGAAACUGUGGAUCUGGAUGCCCUAAUGGCCGAUCUUUGCUCUAUAGAGCAGGAGCUCAGCAGUAUCGGUGCAGGAAAUAGUAAGCGUCAAAUCACAGAAGCAAAAGCCACUCAGAAAGUACCUCCUAGCCGACAUAUAUCAAAACAUGGCACCUUGAAAGGACUGUCUUCAUCUAAUAGGAUAACAAAACCAUCACACGCCAACUACUCCCUGGAUGACAUUACUGCACAGUUAGAGCAGGCCUCCUUGAGCAUGGAUGAGGCUGCUCAGCAAUCUGUACUAGAAGAUACUAAGCCCUCAGUAACUAAUCAGCACAGAAGAACAGCAUCGGCAGGCACAGUGAGUGAUGCUGAAGUACACUCUAUUAGUAACUCCUCUCGCUCCAGUGUCACUUCUGCAGCUUCCAGCAUGGACUCUUUGGAUAUUGAUAAAGUAACACGCCCUCAAGAACUGGAUUUGACACAUCAGGGGCAGCCAAUUACUGAGCAUGCUAUUUCUCUGAGAUGUCCCAGCAAGCAGGCCAAGCAUCAUAUUGACUUCACAGAAGAACAGGCUGAGCUCACACCUCACUCCUAUCUGGACAGGGAAACCUCCCUUCUUCUGAGAAACAUUGCAGGAAAACCUUCUCAUUUGCUGACCAAGGAGGAACAAGCAGCAAAACUGAAAGCUGAGAAGAUCAGAGUUGCCCUGGAGAAGAUUAAAGAGGCACAAGUGAAGAAGCUGGUGAUCAGAGUCCACAUGUCUGAUGAUAGCUCUAAAACAAUGAUGGUGGACGAGAGACAGACCGUGCGACAAGUGCUGGACAACCUGAUGGACAAGUCCCACUGCGGGUACAGUUCAGACUGGUCGCUGGUGGAAACCAUCUCUGAGUUACAGAUGGAGAGAAUCUUUGAAGAUCAUGAAAACUUGGUUGAAAAUCUUCUUAAUUGGACAAGAGAUAGCCAAAACAAGCUUAUAUUUAUGGAGCGUAUAGAAAAAUAUGCACUUUUCAAAAACCCACAGAACUAUCUUCUGGGGAGAAAGGAAACCGCUGAGAUGGCUGACAGGAACAAAGAGGUGCUGUUGGAGGAAUGUUUUUGUGGAAGUUCUGUAACUGUACCAGAAAUUGAAGGAGUCCUUUGGUUGAAAGAUGAUGGCAAGAAGUCCUGGAAAAAGCGUUAUUUUCUCUUGCGAGCAUCUGGUAUUUACUACGUCCCUAAAGGAAAAGCAAAGGUCUCUCGGGACCUGGUCUGCUUUCUCCAGCUGGACCACGUGAACGUUUAUUAUGGACAGGACUAUCGGAACAAGUACAAAGCCCCUACAGACUACUGUCUGGUGCUAAAGCACCCACAGAUCCAGAAGAAAUCUCAGUACAUUAAGUAUCUUUGUUGCGAUGAUGUGAGGACCCUGCACCAGUGGGUCAAUGGUAUACGCAUCGCCAAGUAUGGGAAGCAGCUCUAUGUGAACUAUCAAGAAGCCUUGAAGAGGACAGAGUCUGCUUAUGAUUGGACUUCCUUAUCCAGCUCCAGCAUUAAGUCCGGAUCCAGUUCUUCCAGCAUCCCAGAGUCUCAGUCAAACCACUCCAAUCAGUCUGACAGUGGAGUGUCCGACACCCAGCCGGCAGCAGGGCACGCCCGCUCCCAGAGCAUCGUGAGCUCCAUCUUCUCUGAAGCCUGGAAGCGAGGCACUCAGCUGGAAGAGUCCAGCAAGGCCAGAAUGGACUCAUUGAAUAGAUCCUACACCUCCCUUAUGCCCCCUUUAUCCCCACAACCUAAACUAGUCAACCCCUACACUGCCUCUCAGCCUUCGCCGCCUCUACCGCCCCCGCCCCCACCCCCUCCUCCUCCACCCCCUCCUCCGCCCCCACCUCCCCCUCCCCUGCCCAGCCAGUCUGCACCUUCUGGGGCCUCAGCAGCCACAAUGUUUGUCAAGUACAGCACAAUCACCAGGCUGCAGAACGCUUCUCAGCAUUCAGGACCCCUAUUUAAGCCUCCGCCGUCCUCAGUGAUGCAGCAGCCUCUGUCCACGGCCUCACAGCCAGCAAAGCCUCAGGUCCCUGUGCCCCCCAACGGAGUGGUGCCCCCACCCCCGCCCCCACCGCCCGCCCCCACCCCUGGCUCAGCUAUGGCCCAGCUAAAACCUGCACCUUGCACCCAGUCCCUUCCACAGUUCAGCCCCCCUCCUCCCCCACUGAAGAUUCAUCAUGUUCCGCAUGUCAUUCAAGCAGCUCCUCCAACGCCCCCACCACCUCCUCCUGUCCCUCCCCAGGCCCCUCCCAAACCUCUUGUGACCAUGCCACCAACCAGCACCAAAACUGUGCCUGCCGUUGGGACACAGGCUGUGCCACCUACGCCUAUUCCUCCAGUCCCCCCAGCAAAAAAGCAGCCGGCUUUUCCUCACAUUCCACCCUCUCCCGCUGCUCCCCCUGGUCCAGUCCCCCCACCCACGUUACCCAAGCAUCAGAGUUUCAGCGUAAAGCCGCCUCCCUCUCCCCUGUCCCCAGUGCCCUCUGUGGUGAGGCAGAUAGCCAGCCAGUUCCCCCCACCUCCAACCCCUCCUCCUGUGGAGUCACAGCCCUUAAAGCCAGCCACAGCAAAUGUAGCCCCACAGUCCCCUCCUGCUGUGAAAGCAAAACCCAAGUGGCAGCCCAGCUCCAUCCCUGCCCCUUCUCCAGAUUUCCCUCCUCCUCCUCCUGAGAGCAGCCUAGUGUUUCCUCCUCCCCCUCCUCCUCCUCCACCUCCACCUCCACCACCACCUGCCCCAGCCCCGCCACCGCUGCCGGCUACUCCCACAUCUUCUCCUGCCCCUGACAAAAGUGGAUCUCCAGGCAAAAAGACAAGUAAGACGUCCAGCCCCGGGGGAAAGAAACCUCCCCCGACCCCACAGCGAAACUCCAGCAUCAAGUCCAGCAGCUGUGCAGAGCCCCCGGAGCCCAAGAGACCCUCCGUGGACAGCCUAGUCAGCAAGUUCGCGUCGCCAGCCGAACCCUCUGGGUCUCCAAACAAGGAGACCCCACCACCUCCUGCAGCGCCCCCCAAACCUGGAAAACUCAAUCUUUCUGGAGUUAACCUUCCUGGAGUUCUCCAGCAGGGGGGCGUGGCAGCAAAAGCGUCUGUCCUGAGUGGCCGCGGAAAGGACUCCGUGGUAGAAUUUCCUUCUCCUCCAUCGGACUCGGACUUUCCACCCCCUCCACCUGAAAUAGAGCUUCCUCCGCCCCCCAUAGAGAUCCCAGCAGCGUUCUUGGGAAACGUUUCUCCGAAAGUGGCAGUUGUUAGUCCUCAACCCCAGCAGUGGUCCAAAACAUCCAUGAAGAAGGCCCCCCCGCCCACACGGCCCAAACGGAAUGACAGCACGCGCCUCACUCAAGCGGAGGCCUCCGAGCAGCCAGCAGCGCCCACAGUUGUGCCACAAGUGCCCACCUCUCCCAAGUCCAGCCUUAGUGUCCAGCCUGGGUUCCUGGCAGACCUCAACAGGACCCUGCAACGGAAGUCCAUCACCCGGCACGGCUCGCUCUCCUCCUCCCGCAUGUCCAGAGCAGAACCCACAGCCACCAUGGAUGACAUGGCGUUGCCCCCACCGCCCCCCGAACUGCUUUCUGAUCAACAGAAAGCUGCUUACGGAGGCAGUCAUAUAUCAGGCUACGCGACAUUGCGGAGAGGACCUCCCCCCGCUCCCCCCAAGAGAGACCAGAACACCAAGCUCUCGAGAGACUGGUAGCUACCAUAGGACUUUAUUUUCGUGCUGUCUGUAAUGAGUUCUACAAUCAGCUCACCUGAUCAUCCCCGAAUUCAGGUGUUCAGAGCCUUCUGGUAUGUUAUUCAGGUAGUGUCCAGCUGUGUGUGUGUGUACACAGUUACAUUGUGUGUGUAUAUGUAUAUAUGUAUACAUGUAUGUGUGUAUGUAUAUAUAUAGCUGGGAGUGAUUGUUUAUUCCUUUUCUCUCCUAAUCUGAACAUGGAUUCUGUGUAUUUCGGGCAGAAGAGGCACGGAAGGGGGGGUGUGCCCUGUCCCUCAUGAUACCUGUUAUCUGCCAUGUGGGUUGGACAAAAGAACUUCUGACGAGUAUUUAGAAGGUAUUUUGUAAGUCUCCACAUGCAGCCUCUCUGUGCAUGUUGCGUGUUGUAUAUUGAGGGAUAGAUGUCUAACGUGCUGUGUCUCCGUCUGAGAGGUCAACCAGAAUGCUGGGUGUAUCUGUAGGGCUCUCAUGUUUGCUUGAUCCCCAGUUGGCUGAAGUUAGAGCUGUCUGACAUUUCAUUACUAUACAUAAAGGAGCACUUUAAUCAGGAAAGUCUCUCAGCCUCGAGGAAUGGGUGAACAGUGCGGUGGGGGAAAUUUCAGACACUGUCUGCACACAGUUUUGCAUUUGAAGUAAAUACACAGUGUAACUGAACCGUGCCAGCCGCAGUGCCGCUGCAGUGAUGCACCUGCAUCUAGGGCACGUUGCCACAGGUCAGCUCUCUGCCUACAACACGUGGACAAUUUAGUACUACAGUCUUGGAUAGUUCUUUUAACACUGCUGGAAUCUUUCCGUGGGCUUAGUGAAGCUGCAUCAGCCUUGGCUUCACAGUCCUUGCUUUGACUUACUCUAAGAGAAUAUCCAACACAAUAUCCUGGAAUGUUUAGUCCCAGUCUGUUUUGGGGUCACCAGUUACCUUCUUUUAAGUGUGUGCUUUAGGUAGAUGUUGAUUUUAGGUAUCUGUAGACAGUUGCUAUAUCAAACAUACCCAUCCUGUGUCUAAUAUGGUGCAUCAUUAUGAAAAACAAAAUCCCCUUCUGAAAUGUCUUCGUGUCUUCAUCUCUAGAAGGUCGGGUGAUUACAAAAAUGAACAAAAUGGCUCCUGUGCAGGUAUCAUUGAUCAGGUUGCAUAUGGACUGUAACGUGUAAGACAGACACUUCCUUUCAGUGCGGGACUGUCCUAGAGGGAGGGGGGAGAACAAAUGAGGCUCUGGCACAGCAGCACACUGGGAUCCUUGCUCGUUGCAGCCUGCGUGCGGGGACCUGUCCGGGCUCCCUGGGGUUCUGUGGGAGCGGUGCAGUCCAAGUACAGUGAGUGGCGUCACGUGCUGUGCACGUGCAGUUUGGCAUCACGUGAAAUUGUCACUGUGUUGGCACAGUGUGCUCCACGCUGCAAUUCAUAUGUUUUCUCUGAUUUUUCCUUUAUUACUGAGAAAAAUGUGAUGAUAAACUAACCAUUGGGAAUAAAAUACAAUCUCAGAGCUGCUCUUAAACAAAAGAAAAGGAGCCAUCCCAAGAAUGAUAAAUGAAAGUCCCUGCCUGUGGUGACUGAGGAGUGCCAGCACUGACUGCAGAAGUCUUCGACGCCGUCCCGAGGGGGAAAUGUGCGGUGCACACAGGAUACCCAUGUGACCCACUCCAACAGUGUUGCAUCACGUAGAGAAGAGGGACGUUGUUCAGUGUGGUCAUGCGGUUACAGAGCAAUAGGAACACAUACACCAUUGUGCAUUUUUGUAAAGCCCUGCUUUAAAAUGAUACUUUGGGUAUCUUUUCAACUGUUCACAAGGUUUGUGUGCAUUGUUAUGCGUAUGAGGUGGCCUUUAACACAUCUGCAUUGUUAAUUUAAGCAUGCACAGCAGUGUGUGUAACAUGGGUACAGGUUGCCAAGCUCCAGUGUGAAUUAUGAGUGAAGUAAUAAUCCCAUAGUCUCUGCCUACAGUUUUAUAUUCCAAGAAUCACCCUUAUUUGUGAGGUGAAGAGUUGAAAAUACGAAUCCAGUGAUACAUUUGUCACUAGGGUUUUUUGUUGCAAUGGCGGUCUUUUUUCACUUCAACUUUAAAUCACCCACCCUCAACCUUUCUUCACCCAUGAUUUGAACCCUAAGAUACAGCCUUUUUCAGUGUGGGCUUUCCUGGGACUUGUGGCUGUGUCAGUCCUGAGGACAGCCACCCUGGACUGGCGCUUCCCGAAGGAGCAGACAUCCUGUACAGCGACACUAGGGACACCAACAAGCGAGCUGGGUUCGAGAAGGAACUCACAUUUUAACCCAAUCCAUUGGCUUGUCUGACAGCAGCUGUUUCUGGAAAAGGCUGUUAACUUUUACGUGUGAAACAACUAAAUUUUUUUUAAAAGAAUGAUACUUUAGAUUGUAUCUCCAGUAUUUAACUCCUUAGUGGGUUUUUGUUGGCAUGUAGCUUUGUGGGGUUUGGGGAGAGUUUUUUUGUUUUUGUAUUUGGGGUUUUUUUUUUUGAGAUUACUCUUGUUAUUUUUGUAACCGUUCCUUUUCCCUGGUGUGUUCAUGGUAAGCGCCAACUGCCAGAUGACACUAGCUCUGUGCCUUUUCCACUGCCUUCGCUCAGCAGCUCUAGCUCAGCCGAGCAUCUUCAUGUCGAAGACAGUCUGGACAGCCGACUUGGCUCUACUGAAAAAUGAACAGCGUGGAGGAACACAUCCUGCUGUCCAGGGCAGGGCAGACGGGUGCCUGGCAGAGCUAGUGACACCCUUAACUCAACCACAGAUGAGUUCUAAAUUGGGUCACCCUGUGCCUAAAGAAAGUUUUGGCACCAACCGGGGAGGUCAGCGACAACUACAUCAGGUUUAUAGGUAUAUAUUAUAUAUAAAUGUCAGGCUAUUCUCUAUUCAAAUUUUAUCAGCUUUGCUUUUACUACUUGAAUAAAUACAUGCAUUUUUCUUCCCCUUAGUUACUGUAAUUCUCACUUGGGAAAAGUAAAUAUUCUUAAGGUUUUUACCUUAAAUUUUUAAAAUUUGAGGUUUUUUAAAAUGAGAAAGAUUGUUGACUCCUGAAAGUUACAGGACACCAUUUUCAUCAGAAGAUUCCAAAGUAAGGUAGACAUGGCGUUUUCCAGUCCUCUAAAAUCAAGGUGCUCCUGGCCACUGAUGGCAUCUUCUGCUAAGGGCUGUGAACUCUCUUAGAAAUCCCUUCUCCCUGUAAGUUUAAUUGCCACUGAAAAUAAUGCUGAGUUUAUCCAGAAAGUUUAAACGACGAUAGGGGAUCAUGAAUAAUUCUAGUAGAGUGAAAACUCAGAUCAAGGCUAAUAGGAGCUGUGCAUCCAAUUAAGUUUCAGAAGCUGCUAUUCUGGGAAAAUAUAGUUAAUGAGCUUGUGUCGAGAAUGUAAAGUAAAUUAGCAUGAGAAAAAUGUUCAGGUAAUGAUGUGGAUUGGUUUGAUUUGACUAUCAGGUCACCAAUGGAACCUUGUGUCACCUUUUCCCCCUCUGCUAAAAGCAAUUUUAUGUUAUUACAAACACAAGGUAAUUUUAAACAAAACCAUUUUUUAGUUUUAGACAUUACCAAAUGUUUUAAUAUGCCUGCAGAGCUAACAAAUUAUAACUAAUGUAAUCUCGCAUAUUUUAUUCAAGUAUAGACCAAUUAAACCUAAAUGACUCUGACUUGCUUUAAAUGAAAUAGGAAUAAUAAUUUGGGUUUAUACACUUGAUAAGAAGAUUCUGUCUCUUUAGUAAAAAUCACUGUAGGUUGCAAGUACCUUUUGGCACUUUGAGUUUUGUUUUAUACACUUGACAUCAUUUGUAUAAAACAGGGUAUCUCUAAUCCUGCAGGAAUAUAUGACACUCAUAAAGUUGAGAUUUGAUCCACAGAGAGAUGCAAGUAGAAAAAUAAAAUACCCCACUAUCUUUUAAGAUUUAUUUUCCUUUAAAAAUCAAGAGAACAACAUUUCUACACCUUCCCAGUCUGUCCCACAAACUAAACAAGUGCUCUGUUAUUGUUAUACACGUGGAAGGUCUGUAUUAUGUGGAAAAGAAACCUGACAUUUAGUUGUAAAAUAAACUUGCUAAAUAAAAAUAAUCCAACAAUAUACUUGAUAAACAACUGAAGGACAAAAUCUCCAAUUGGUUUGCUCUUUGCUUGUUGAAUAAUAGACCAUUUUGAGGAGAAAACAGGAUCUGCUACAAUCCCCAGUGCCUUGAACUCUUUUGGAGGAAGAGCAUAAAAAAAAUCUAACAAGCAAACUUUGAGGUGCUAACGAAAAGAGAAGGAAGUUGAGUAUUUCUAGUUUACGCAAAAAUAGAAAAAGUGGCUAUCUCACAAGAGAUGGCUUCAUCUACCUAAACGGGGACUGGCUGCUUUCUACCAAAGACAUUGAGAGAAGCAAGUUGAGUCAGGGUGACGUGAACACUACACAGUUAAUGGAUGGCGAAGUUCAGAAGUGAGUAUGCUGAUUGCAGGCGGCUGUUAAUUCCAAGCUCUAAGUGUUGAAGCCUCAACCUCCUCCUAGGCAGAAUAUGCUUGCAGCACUUAAAGGGAAAAAAUCUUUGCAUUUUUGGGAAUGUCCAUUGUUUAAAUGUAUUGUAACCGAAUACCAAAAACUGCCAUUUUCCAUGAUUGCCGUCUCCUAUAUUUUUUUCUCUAUUUGUAAAUAAUCUCUCCUAGAAAAUAUGCAUUAACUGGAAUGUUUCGAAUGAUUUUGCUUAAUUUUAUUAUCAGCCACUAGUGAACUUUUAUAGAAAUGUACAUGUAAAAGAAAAUAUCAUUAGCUUGUGUUAAAUGGUGUAAAAACAUUGUUUACUAUUUUAAAGGAAAAUUGCACAUUAUAUUUUACUGGGAUUGCUCCCCCUCUUCCCAUUUCUUCAAAAAAAUUGAGUCAAUGCUCACACUGACAUGUAGGCUGUGAGAGCUUUGCUAUUUACGUGAAUAGAAACAAUGUAGGAAUAUACUUUUUUAAAGCAUGAAAAAGAAAGCAAAAGGAACUGCAUUAUAAAGUACCCAAUAGAGGACACUAUUCAAACGAUUGUGCACAGCUCGGUAAAGAUGAAGUUACAAUUUUUCUUUCACCGUUACUUUCUUCUGCUUAAAUGUACGCUCAUUUCAUUAUGUGCCUUGCUCCCUGAUUGUGCAAACCUAUAUAUAGAGAGAGAUAGAGAUAUAUGAGAGAGAUCUAUUCAGUACUACUGACGAUGUUUUUUGUUCUACUGCUGGAUUAAGUUAUUUUACAAGUUACUCUUGCCAGUUACUGUCAGUGAACUAUUGUAAUGACUUAGGACAGUAGUCAUACAGUCAGUGUAAAUUUGUUUUUCAAUUAUAUGUUUUCACUAUGUCAGCUUACCCAAUCCUUAAUAAAAAAGAACAGAUUUCAUUUAAA